AGUCUGUCAAAAAAUGGUUAAUACAAGCCAGGAAAAUUAUUGAAAUAGCUUCUUCUUUUUGAGAUAAACAGUUGGAUACACUAAAAAUGUCCGCUGUUACUGCAGAAUAUUACGAAUUUAUUAAAAAGUUGGAGGAGAAUGAUGACAAAUUAAUACCAAACCCCUUGGAACAGCCUGUUGAGUUCGAGUUUAAUAAUUCCACGUGCCAUGUCUGCAACGGUUAUUAUGGGCCAAGUUUCGGAGAACCAGUGUGCGUGACUUGCCAUGCGUUUCUUUAUCCGAAUUUUCCGUCGUUUUGUCCUAAUUCUUACUACUACAGUGAGAAGACUGACGACGGAGAUUCAGGGAAUGACGAGCCUUCAGAUCUCAACUACAGCUCGGACCGGAGGGUCAAUAGAGUCUGCAUGGUGCCUGCCAGCUGGUGGUACAUAAAUUCUCUAGAUAGUGAAAGCCCGGAAGAUGAAGCCAGUAACUCUGGCAAUGCAGCAAGCGCCAGUGGAAGUGGCAAUCACAGCAACACAAAUGGGAAUGGCUUGCCUCAUGGUCCAGACCAUCCGGACAUCCCUGACAAUGAGGAAGAAAUGCCUCAACCGCUCGCCCUGAGGCCUGAACCACUGGCACUGAGGCCUCCGCCCUGUCUUGCACAUUCGUUGCAGGCCUUGUCUACUCCGCGCCCACCAGACAAUGUGGCACCUGAGUUAAUAGCACAGUUGCCCACAGAAGUGCUGCUGGGCAUCUUCAGCUACCUGGACGACCUGUCGCUGAGCGCGUGCGGCGCCGUGUGCGCGCGCUGGCGCGGGCUGGUGCGCGCGCGCGUGCGGGCGCCGCGCUGGGCCGCGUUCGCCGCGCGCCGCUGGCCGCUCUACCGCCCGCUCACACACAACAGGGACUGGUACAAGGUGUACCAGUCACUGGUGGAAUCCUGUUUCUGUCGCAACUGCCUCGUGCAGAUGUGCGUACAGGCGCAGCCGCCCGGCGAGGAGAGCGCGUGGCGACACAACAGACUCCGCAUCGAGCUCAAAAUGAUGCGCAACGACCCGCCAGAAGGCAUCGCGGCGACGCCGCUGGACGCGCGCUGCUGCCACUGGCAGGCCUCCGUCACCGGCCCGGCCGGCUCCCCGUACGAAGGCGGCAUCUUCUACCUGUACAUACAAGUGCCUUACGCGUACCCAAUGAGUCCACCGGUGGUCCGCUUCCUGACGCGCAUCCUGCACCCGAACGUGUCCCGGCACGGCGACGUGGGCAUCGACUCCGUGCACCACAACUGGUCGCUCGCACUCACCAUCAGCAAAGUGCUCAUCUCUAUACAGAGCCUGCUCACGGACCCCUACACUGCCGUGUGCAUGGAACCGGAACUAGGUGAGAUGUACGUCCGCGACCGAGCGCGCUUCGAGAGCCUGGCGCGCCGGUGGACCUGGCGCUACGCCAUGCAAGACAUCCUGCCCUACUGAGGCCUCGCGUGCGGCUCCUGUGACACAGCCUAAAGAAACUGACCUUUUGGGAGUUGUUAUCUGCUAGUUUAGGGUGGCCACAUUAUCGGCAGAAAAAGCGAUACGAUUUUGACAAGCUGUGAGGAAUUUGCACAACUUUGACGCAAAAAAAUGCAACUGAAUAUAAAUUCAAAAUGAUUCGUGUAAUAGCCAUCGAGUGCCCUUAUCUCUCUCUGGCCGUACCCGCAUGACUGAGAAUUAUGAUACUUAUCUCCUGUGUAUGUGUAUGGUAACUAUAAAUUAGCAACAUUUUGUCGAAGGCAUAUCGUGAAUAGGUUUUGAUUUAUAGUCGACUUGACUGUCGCCUAAAGAAAGUAGAACUUAUUAAAUGGAAUAUUUUCUAACCCUUGGCAACACCUGCAACAUAAAGCCAAGAGAACAAAUUGAUAAAUAUAAAGGCUAACUAAAGUACCUAUAGUAAUCAUUUGCGAAUGUUAUUAAUGGCCAGAUAGGCGGGGAUGAAUAGGUAUGAGUAGUUACCCUAAGUAAAUCACAUAAAUGUAACGUAACACAUACUACCUACGAAAAUAAAACAAUGUAAUUGAA